AUGACCGACGCGGUGCUGGGCGGCUCCUCUGACCGGUGGAUGUGCCCCAGUGACAGAACCAUGUCCCUCCGAGCCAGCAGUGAGAAGGAGCAGCUCCCGGCGGGCUGGGCAGCGCAGCCCGAGCGGCAGCGCAAGGGCGAGGAGCUGACGGAUGAGGAGAAGGAAAUCAUCAACCGGGUGAUCGCCCGCGCCGAGAAGAUGGAGGAGAUGGAGCAGGAGCGCAUCGGGCGCCUGAUGACCCGGCUGGAGGACAUGCGCCGCAGCGUGCUGGGGGAUGGUGUCAACCGCUGCAUCCUCUGCGGGGAGCAGCUGGGGACGAGGGGCUCCACCCGUGUCGUCUGCGAGGACUGCAAGAAGAAUGUGUGCACCAAGUGCGGCGUGCAGACCACCAACAACCGGCCCCAGGCCAUCUGGCUCUGCAAGAUCUGCAGCGAGCAGCGGGAGGUGUGGAAACGCUCCGGUGCCUGGUUCUUCAAGGGUUUGCCCAAGCAGAUGCUGCCGCAGCCGAUGCCCAUCAGCAAGAAGGGACCCCAAACCCCCAGCGAGCCCCGCCCGGCCGAGCCGCCCGCCCCGGACCCCAAACUCCCCUCCCGGGCACCCACCCGAGGUAGCUCGCUUUUCCAGCCUCACUGCUCCUUCAUCCCUCUCCCUGCAGGCACCGACGCCGCAGCGGCCGCCCGGGGGAGCCGCAAAGCUGCCGAGGGCCGGCCGGGUCCGUGCGGCAGCGAGGACACCGGUGGGGACAGCGACAGCCGCGACCUGGCUGCCGAGAGUGGGGUCAGCAGGAGCCCCGGUGUGAAGAGAACCAGCUCGGUGCAGGGCCAGCGGCCACCCCCGCCGGCCAGCGCCGCUCCCGCCGCUGGAUCCGGCCCGGCAGCAGCGCCCGCAGCGCCGGCGGCCGCAGCGGCGAGGCCGGGGGGCCCCUCCCGCUUCCCGGAGAGACAAGCGAGCCCCCCCCUGGGACCCCCGGAGCCCCGAGGCGCCGCCAGGGAGGAGCGGGGAGGGGGCUUUGCCGCGCCCCCCGGCAGGGAGGACAGACCAGCCUGGCAGCCCCCUGCUGCCAGCCAGCCCCCGCCGGCAGCCGCGGCCCCGCAGCGGCAGCAGCAACGCGAGGAGGAGGAGGAGGAUGCCAACAGCUACGAUUCGGAUGAAGGCACCACACUGGGAGCUCUGGAGUUCAGCCUGCUCUACGACCAGGACAACAGCUCCCUGCACUGCACCCUCAUCAAGGCCAAGGGCUUAAAACCAAUGGAUUCCAAUGGCCUGGCUGAUCCCUACGUGAAGCUGCACCUCCUGCCUGGAGCCAGCAAGUCGAAUAAGCUGCGGACGAAGACGCUGCGCAACACCCGGAACCCGGUGUGGAACGAGACCCUGGUGUACCACGGCAUCACCGACGAGGACAUGCAGAGGAAAACCCUCAGGAUCUCCGUGUGUGACGAGGACAAAUUCGGCCACAACGAGUUUAUCGGAGAAACCAGAGUUGCCUUGAAAAAACUCAAAGCCAACCAGAAGAAGAACUUCAACAUCUGCCUGGAGAGAGUAAUACCAACGAAGCGCACCGGAACGACCGGCGCAUCCCGUGGGAUGGCUCUGUACGAAGAGGAGGUGGAUCGCAGUGGGGACGUGGAGGAGCGCGGGAAGAUCCUGGUGUCCCUCAUGUACAGCACCCAGCAGGGCGGGCUCAUCGUGGGCAUCGUGCGCUGCGUGCACCUGGCGGCCAUGGACGCCAACGGAUACUCGGAUCCCUUCGUCAAGCUUUGGCUGAAACCUGACAUGGGCAAAAAGGCAAAGCACAAGACACAGAUUAAGAAGAAAACGUUGAAUCCUGAGUUUAACGAGGAGUUCUUCUAUGACAUCAAACACAGUGACCUGGCCAAGAAAUCCCUGGACAUUUCCGUCUGGGAUUACGACAUCGGAAAAUCCAACGACUACAUCGGCGGUUGCCAGCUGGGGAUCACGGCCAAGGGCGAGCGCUUGAAACACUGGUACGAGUGUUUGAAGAACAAGGACAAGAAGAUCGAGCGCUGGCACACCCUGCAGAACGAGAACCACGUCGCCAGCGAUUAA